AUGUCACGGAUAUGCCGACUCCGGGUGACAUUUAAUCAACUCCGCUCGUUCCACUGUGUGUCUGUUCGCUUAUCGACGUUUGUUUCUCCAACAACACCGUACUCUGACAAGUACUACAAACCCAUUAUCACUGAAGGUGCGGCUGGAUUUGACAAGUUGGUGAUUCCCAAAGAUUUCCGUGCAGAUAAUCAAAGUUUGACGACUGAGAGCCAAGAGAAGUUGGCGGAGAUUGUUGGCACGUUUGAUGCGGAGAUUUCUGCAGUGGUGGGAUACGGAUCAGGGAUUCUUCCGCAAAACGGGUACGACAAGCCAGAUAAGGAGAAGCAAUUGGAUUUCAUUUUCCUAGUUGAGGAUACUGGUAAAUUCCAUAAGGAGAAUUGCAAGCAAAAUCCUUCACACUACUCCACCGGGUCACAGACUUUGAUUAACUGGUGGCAAGGGAGCGGGAUAUACUUUAACCCAUAUGUCCUCAUCAAGGACAAGUUGACCAAGUAUGGCGUGACAUCGAGAAGGUCUGCUUUUAUGGACCUUAGUGAAUGGAGCUCUUUGUACUUUGCGGGGAGAUUGCAAAAACCGGUCAACUAUAUCAAGGAGGACAAUAUGUUGAGAUUUCUCAAUCAGUAUAAUUUGAAAAACGCCAUGACCAUUGCAAUAUUCCUAAUGCAAGCCAAUCAGUUCUCAGAGCGACAAUUGUACGAGCAAAUAACCAGCAUAUCAUAUCUUGGAGAUUUUCGUAUGUACGUUGGUGGUGAGAACCCAAACAAGGUAAAGAACAUUGUUUCAAAGCAAUUCCAGUACUUUAAGAAAUUGUAUGAUCCUAUCUUGCAGUACUUUAUACGACGGAAUUACCUCGUCAUCACCGACAAUGACGAAACAAACCGCACAUUCAAAACCAAUCUCACUACGACCGCUAGAAUCAACUUGAUUUCGAGUCUCCCAUUGAAAUUUCGCACCCAGUUAUACAGCAAGUACCCGGAGUCUUCUGUGAAGGAAAUUGCCAGGGACGAAAAACUACCCGAGAACAUAAGGGGUUUGAUCACUUCGACCAUUAUCUACAGCUCACUCAUUCAAGGGUUGAAGGGUUUGUUUACUGCGGGGUUAUUGAAAUCGCUAAAGUACUCAAUAGCCAAACGUAGAAAGAGCUCCUAA